AUGCAGCUCAUGUUGUUCCUGAUAUUUCUUCCCUCCAGUCUGGCAUUGGCUCAGAGUCAAAGCAACUUCACGCCCAAAAGCCUCCAUCGUGGAACGGUCCCAACCAUCCCGACUGACGCCUACCAUGAAUUCACUCUCGAUGAACAUCAUCCGCAUGCUACACUCGAUUAUGGCGCCCAUGUUGCCGGUCUCCCGUCAGUCCAAAUCGCGGCGCUGUCUGGCCCCGUCCAAGUCGAGGUGAAAUACAGCGAGCAAUUCUCCGGCCUUCUCGAGCCCCUCGCCGAUGGCCCCAGCACUUUGGUCUCGAGCCUUGCCAAUUCCUAUCGCGUCGAAACCUUUAACAUCACCCAGUGUGGACAGGUCCAGUCCUCGUUGACCCAGGGUGGACAGCGCUGGCAGGCCAUUAGGUUGAUUACCAACGGGACCGUCGCCUUUCAAUCGGUUGGCUUCAAACCGACUGUCCAGCUCGACGAUCUAUCGCGUCUUCCGGGGCAAUUCAAGUCUUCGAAUUCCCGUUACAAUGAAAUAUGGAAGCUGGGUGCUCGUGCUGUGUCUCUGGCUUGCUUCGACGAGGGAUCCCAACCGUCCAUCUGGAAUGUCUCCAGCGACGGGGCGUUAGUCUCCAGCAGUGUCCCAAGUUAUUCCACAAGUGCCUGGAACUUCGCCAACUACACGUUAGAAUUCGACGCUCAGAUCGUCCGCGGCGGCCUGCAGUGGUCGAUGGGAUACAAUUUUGGCAUUCGUUCGCAAGGAGGGAUCCUGUUGAACCUGGCUGGCAACUACCCCGUCGAGUCGACCUUUGCCAAUACCAACAAGACUCUUUUUCCGCCUUCCACCGUCAGUCUGGGCUAUGGGAUUGCGUUUGUCAACCAGACGACUAUCUCGUCGUAUGCUCUCGAUACCUUCUCUGUGCCGUUUGAGGUUCGCGAAGGAGUCUGGCAUCAUAUCCGCAGCACCAUCCACUCCGGGAGCUUGUCCGUUUCGAUCAACGAUCAUCCCGUCUUCAAUGUCCCGCUGAGCGAUUACUACAUCGGUGGUGGCUCCAUCUCAACUUCAGGGACGUUUGGAUUUGGAGCAUGGCAGGACCAGUCUGGCCUGAUCCGUAAUGUCGCUGCUCAUGACGGUACUGGCAAGCAAAUCUACAGCAACGCCAUGACGAAUGCCUCCCAGGUGCUUCCCGAAUACGGAGUGCACGAGAACUAUUAUUCGACCUGCGUCGACGGCGCCCGUCGUGAUCGUCUGGCCUGGCUAGGAGACUUCAUUCACACGGUGCGCAUCCUGAGUGUGUCCACCGGUCGGAUUGACCAGAUACGAGGCACGUUUGAGCAGCUCUUUGCCUUCCAACUGCCCAGUGGCCAGCUGCCCAUGGCACCGUCUCUGGGCUAUUCUCCGGAUACAGAUGCCACCGCGUUUGCCCUGGGCGGCAGCCUCGGAUUGAGCCUGUAUCUCCUUCCUGACUACCAUAUCCUCGGUCUGAUCUCCGUCGUGUCGUACAUGGAGUCGUGGAACGAUGUCGACUUUGCCAAAAAGCAUUGGUCCACUCUGUCUAGUGCAGUCGACUGGCUGUCCAGCCAGCGCAGCAACACCACCAGUCUGGUCGACUUUUCUCGCUAUGUGACGGCAUUCCUUGGGCCUGUCAAUGGAAUCGCAGUCAAUGCUGCUGCAGUCCAGGCCUUCAAGGGAAUGUCAAUGGUUGCAUCAGCCGUGGGCGACAACUCCUCUGCGUCAAAAUGGGCGUCCAUCGCCACCUCCUUGAAGACCGCAAUCAACACCCGGCUGUGGAACGGCACACUGGGUGUAUACUCAUUGGCAACCUCCCAACCAUCCGACUUCUCCAUCGCUGGAACCGCAUUCAGCCUGUCAUCCGGCAUCGCCAACAAGACGCAGGCCCUUGCGUCCAUCUCACAUCUCGCUAGCCUCCAACUCGGACCAGGAUACAAGGACGCCAGCACCGUCAGUUCAAACGACCCAACUGCCAACAUAUCCCCAAAUACCAACGGCUUCCUCCUCCCCGUGCUCAUGGAGCAUGGCAAAGCCAAUGAGACUCGAUUCCUCCUGGACAAUCUCUGGGGCGCCAUGUUAUCAAACGAGUCGACCUUCUCCGGUGCCAGCUGGGAAUACGUAAGCCAGCAACGCAGCCCAGGGCUGGGGCAGUACACUUCCCUCAGCCACCCGUGGGGAGGCGCAGCAACGUACAUCUUAUCGCAACGUGUUGCAGGUAUCAGACCGGUCGAAUUUGGCUACAAAACGUGGAUUGUCGAGCCGGCAUAUACCGGAUUUGAUCUGGAUCAUGUUGAGUCUACUGUUCCCACGCCACAUGGUGACUUUACUGUUUCUUGGUCGGUAAAAGACUCCUUGUUCACGAUUCGAGUGGAUGCACCGGCGGGGACAAACGGGCAUGUUGUCUUGCGGAAACAUUGGGCUUGUCCAGACCUGAAUGGCAGUGGGAAGUGCCGUGGCAUGGGGGAUUUUGUCCGUGAAGUGACUGGUGGUUCUCCAAUACAGUUUGAGGUUGAAAUCCCUUGGGUAAAUCUACAGAAGAUGUUUAGUUGA